AACUACAACAAACAGCUGGAUGUCAACAAAACGAGCAAAAAAAUCUCGUGCAGUUUGUGUUUGUUUGUAAAAUUUACUGAAAUUAUUUAGAGGCGUAAAUAAACUUAACAAAAAUUUUCAGUUAAAUAAAUUUAAGUUUAAAAAAAAGUGCAACAAAAUGUCUGGAUUUUCAUUUGGAGCAGCUGCAACAAGCACACCCGCCCAGCCCCAAGCAACUAGUGGAUUUUCAUUUGGAGCGCCUAAAACGACAGCAGCAACUACUGGUUUUGGAGCCAGUACAACAGGAUUUGGGGCCACCGCACAAACAACCGGUUUUGGAGCUACAGCAGCAGCACCAGCUUUUGGUGCAACCGCCACUUCAGCUGCACCCGCUUUCGGAGCCACCGCUACAUCAGCAGCACCAACAUUUGGCGGAGGCUCCUCAUUUAGUUUUGGCACACCAGCCUCAACAGCACCAGCUGCCGCGGGAACCACAAGUUUUGGGUUUGGUGCGCAACAGCCGGCAGCCAGUAGUGCAGCUGCACCUACACUGAAUUUCGCUGCACCAACAGCAACAUCAACAGCCUCUACCAGUGCUUUACCCUCUCUGGGCUUAGGAGGUGGUUUGGGAGGAGGUCUAGGUGGCAAUUUUUCUUUCAUGAAACCAGCAGCCACAACUUCAGCUAGCAUCAAUUUUGGCACUACCACCACAACUACUUUGGGUGGACAACCCGCCGCUGGAGGAUUAUUUGCUAAACCAUUAACCACAACCACUGCUGCUCCUGCGACUGCUCCCGCUCCUUUUGUGGGUUUGGGUGGUUUAGAUGUAAGUGCUAGCAAACCCAAACCGGGUGACAGCAAACAGGAUAUUAAAGUGAAAGAAACGCAAGUGCCGGAGGAAAUUGCCAAAACAGUAGAUGCUCUCAAAACGCAUAUAAAAACCCAAAAGACCUUAUCAUCAGAUAUAGGACGUACUUCUACAUCUAAGCUGACCAAUGUCUCGGGUGAAAUCAUGAAUUUACAAUGGGCCUUGCAGGAAAUAUCCAAUUCGGUGGAGGCCAACUAUAAUCACAUCAAAUUGCUGCGUAAAGAAACCUCUAAAACUAUACAAUCGGUGGAAAUGGCCCAGCGCACCCAAGACACACCAGUGGGUCUACAGUUCGAAAACAAUGCUCCCUUUCAAUUCUUUCAAUAUUUGGUAGCCAAAUAUGAACAGGAUCUUAUCAAUUUCCGUCAACAAAUUGCACUCACCGAACGUCAUAUGCAUUCUUUAACCAAUCCCCAGAACGUAUCACCCGAUGAUCUUAAACGUGGCUUUCGACAAAUCAACGAAAGUUUCAUAUCUUUAGCUGGCCGUUUACAUGAAAUUCAUCAGAAAGUAGAGGCCCAAAAAGAUCAAUAUCUUAAUUUGCGUAAAUAUCGCUUGCGAGAUAGUACAAAUGUUUUCGCUCAACUGGAUAACCCAGAGGCAAAAGUCGAUACCACACGUAUAACAGCGGGACCUACACCAUUUUCAAAUAUUACUGCUAUAAGUAAUUUUGGUAAAUCUUUUUCGAAUUCUUCAGCUUCGAAAGGGCAAACAACACAAACUGGGAAGUGAGUGUGUGAUCAGAGAUGAGUUUUUCGCUUGUACAUUAUUUGAUAUACGAAAAAUUUUUUAAUGUAAAUUAAAAAUUAUUAAGUUGGAUAAAAAAAA